UUUCAAAAAACACAUGCAUAAUACAGAACGUAGUAAAGCCAGGGAAUUUACUAGAACAAAAAUCCCAGUUACGCCAAUGGCCUCUCUGUGUACAAGCGAGAGAGCACUACCACAUAUCCCUUAAAAGCGCGCAGUCUACACAAGACCAUGGGUCUUGUCCUCUUCCCGCUGUAUUUCCCUCUUUCGAAAUCUCUUUUUAUGUCCGUUGGUUUUUCCUAACUAAGGUAUAUUAUUACAGCGUGAUGAAAAAGAAUAAUUCCCGUUAUUUCCAUUAAUUUCUUUCCCGCUUGAUUCAACAUUCUCUUAAUUUUAUUCCCGCCAGAAAUCGAUUAACAUUAAAAAAUCACGGGUCUUCUUCUUCGCGAAGUCAACAGAGAUGAAGUUUUAAUUAAUAAUUCGAAUAAAUUAAAUAGACCGCCGGGGCUCGGCUCAGUUUUCAUCGAAUAAACGCUCCGGGUGGGGGAUUUUUAAUUCCGGAUGAAAGCAAAGUAACGUUUGUUAGCCUCUCGAAAGAAACGGUAUUAAUUAACGAAAUGGUGGUCCAUUCGCAAAACGAGUUUCCGUUUGUAUAUAUUACCGUGAAAGAUUCGAUAUAAAUCGACAGCGAUAUUUAAAGACUGCUUCAAAAUUUCGAGCCUCAAAAAUAGUACUCUAAGCGGAUAAAUAUUUGCGAUUCUUCUUUCCGCGAAUUAACAACUUCCCGCGAAAAUUAGCUUCGCAAUAAGCAUAUUAGCGGACGCUACAAUUGUAAAAUUCCGAUUAGAAAACUAUCGAUUAUUCCUUCCUCCGAACGUUUAAACAUUGCUCAAGUGUGUGUAUUCUCCGAUAAGAUAUAAUCGUUUCGAAAUCAGAUUUGGUCAGCACAAUCUUGGCGAGUCGGUGAUGCAUUCGCGUGCAAUCUCGUGAUGUGUGAAUUGUCCGGCAGACGGCGGGAGCGACGUUUUUAACGGGCGCUUUAAUACGAAGCCCAUUACCAGCCUACUGUCAACUAAACACUUCAUCUCCUCAAAGUGAAACACCAGCUGCGUGAGACGCUGUAAAAACGGCUGUCCGCUUGUGUUUCUGAGUCAACGUUCGCGGACAAACGAAAGAAGCGAUGUGACUAACCGCGAGUGAUCAAAAAUAGUUUUAUAGAUAGUCGAACAGCCGACAGAACAGGACGCGUGUUUACAAAGAACGUUGUGAAAUUUAAGCUAGGCGCGUGCAUCGGCCGAUGCAUAAUCGUAUUAGAUUCUUCUGUGACAAUAGUUACCAGUUGUUUGAGCGAGAUGCGCUGAGACUCGAUCGGCUACGAUGUUGUAACCGUGAUCGUGCGCGUAUGAAAAUGUAAUCUCUUUUCUCUGUGGUACUUAAAUGUCUUGGAAUACAUGCUUUCUAAGAUUUACUUGUUGGGUAUGAAUGGACAGGUGCAGCCUUCCAGGGAGAGGUUAGGAGGUUUCACAAACAGUACAAUAGGAUUGUUCUCUGGAAUGGUUGCUACGGAUCGUAUUCCAAAUAUACAGUUAGCUAAUACGAAUAAUGGACUACCCAUGGAUGAUUCCAGUACUACGACUGAGGUUGACGGUAAAGUGAAAACGAAAUUAUUGUCUAUGUGGAAUAACGUUAAAUAUGGCUGGACCAUUAAGAUGGUAAAACCAAACUUUUCUAAAGAAUCUCCAGUAUGGUUGCUUGGGAAAAUUUAUCGUAAAAAGCCGGAAGAAUUUUUGGAGAAAGCUUCAGAAGCGGAGAAAACAUUGGACACUGGAAGUGAAAUAUCUUUAGCAAUGGAUGCUAUUAGUUUCGAAGAUAGUAUAGAGGAAUUCAAAAAGGACUUUACGUCCCGUCUAUGGUUGACGUACAGAAGAGAAUUUCCCAUAUUAAAUGGUUCCACGUUUACCACCGACUGUGGCUGGGGCUGUAUGUUACGUAGUGGCCAAAUGAUGUUGGCACAGGCACUGGUCUGCCACUUUCUUGGAAGAGAAUGGCGAUGGCAACCGGAUCAACCAAUAAAAACAGAACAGCAAAAAUUAGAUGAAAGUAAUCACAGAUUCAUUAUACAGUCAUUUGGAGAUUUACCCGAACGUAUAUCUCCAUUUUCUAUACACACGCUUGUGUCUCUUGGUGCUUUAUGGGGAAAACGUGCAGGAGAUUGGUAUGGACCUUCUUCUGUUGCUCAUCUAUUAAGUCAAGCGGUAGAACACGCAGCUGAACACCUUCCAAUAUUUAGUAAUUUGGCUGUUUAUGUUGCUCAAGAUUGUGCAGUUUACCUGCAGGACGUAGAGAGUGUAUGUCAAAUGCCCGAUGGCAAAUGGAAAUCUCUUAUCCUUUUUGUACCUUUAAGACUUGGUACUGAUAAAUUAAAUCCCGUUUAUACAUCCUGCUUAACGCAUUUACUUACAUUAGAUACCUGUAUCGGUGUUAUCGGAGGUCGACCCCGGCAUUCUCUUUAUUUCAUUGGUUUCCAGGAAGACAAAUUAAUUAAUCUAGACCCGCAUUAUUGUCAAGAAACUGUAGACGUAUUAAAAGAUAAUUUUCCUCUGACAAGUUUUCAUUGUACUUCACCGAGAAAAAUGUUAAUUUCCAAAAUGGAUCCCAGCUGUUGCGUGGGAUUUUAUUUUCACGACAAAAAUCAGUUUACUAACUUUAUGGAAAUUGCCCCUUCCUACUUGGUGCCAGAAGAUGAAAAGGUCGACUAUCCGAUGUUUUUAUUCUGCGAAGGAAGCGGAAAAGAUCUUCAUCAGCAGAUCGAAAUUGCAGAAACGAUUCCUUCUACUACCUCUUUCCCAGGUAACGAAACAUAUGAUGACGAUCUAGACGAAUGCGAAGAAUUUGAACUGGUACAGUAAGAUGUUUGUCACAGCAUACUGUGUACUUAAAGGCAUUCAUUGAUAAUUUUGGAGAAAAAUGAUAAUGUUAACCAUUAAUCAGAAUUCUCCGUUCAUUCGUCCAUACAUAAUGUACAAGGAAGAAAACCAAUUGGUGACUUCAGCAAGUAGAACUUUUCAUUAAAAUUGGACAGUUAAAUGUUAUUUUCUUAAAUGAAUUUAUGCCGCAACACGAUCUGCAAGAUCUCAACGUACUCGUUGAACGACUGACGUGGAUUAAAAUAUAUCGAAUACUUUCGGGUCGCGGUGGUACAGUCGCGUGUAACUUAGGCUUCCUUUAGAUACAAGAUGUAAAGAAAGUGUUACCCACUUAUCGUGUAAGGAUUACAUAUCCUAGGUUAGACUUUCCCUAGUCGCUAAGUUUCGCUUAGGAUUUCUCUAGAUACUCCUUACACCUUAGAUUCUAAUUAGGAUCUCCCUAGAUUCUCCUUAGAUUUUUUCUAAGGAAGGCUCUUAAGCUUUCUCUAAUGUUUAAACGUUUCCUAGACUCUGUUUAAGAUCUUAAGUUCUCUCUAAACUUUCCCCAAAUCCUAGUAGCUGGUAGAAAGCUAUUCCUCCUGUACUUAAUCUUAGCUAAAGGAAGCCAGCGUUGCACCUGAGUGUACAUCUAUAUUAGAUGGUUAUAUAGUCUUAUAAUAAUUCUGUGAUUAUAACUUGAUGCGGCUUUUCUAUUGGAAUUGUUUUGUUGCACAAUUUUCAUUAACUUUAUUUGUUGAUCUCAGAAAAAUGAAUCAUUGCUUGUAAUAACAAUUUAGGAAAUUAAUUUAAUGUACAAUUUAGAAUGGUAUUUAUUCUUUUUCAUCGAUGAUAAUCGUGUGUAGACUUGCGUAGAUCGUAAGUUGACGAUUUUUUGCUAUGAAACGUAAUUUUUUAUACAUAUAUAUAUCUCAAUUCCUUUACGGAAAUGUUCCUGAUAUAACUUAUUUUAUAAUACCAGCAAUAUUAAAUUUCCGUCUAGAUUAAACAUGACCGUAUUUCAAUUUGUCCUUGAAUCAGAUACGCGUGCGUGUGAACAGCACACGCGUAUUUGUAUAUUGAACCGUAUCUACCUGUCAUAAUAUUUAAACCCGAAUUAAUUUAUGGUUUACGUAAUAAAUGUUUAACUUAUUUAUUUAUUAUUUAAUGUAUUAAUCUUUGCCUUGGAUAAUCGUUAUCGAACUUAUACUAAGUUCCCAUGCUUGCAUCAUUACGUUCGACAUAACGUUUUAUGUUAUGAAAAACAAAUGUAUAAUUAACAAACAUAUAUCGUAUUAAGAUAUUGUUACUAUUAAAUGGAAAAAACACUAUGACUUGGUUUUCAAAAGGAAAGAAAUGUGAGCAUGAUAUAUCAUGUAUAUUAUACUCUCAUAUUGUUUAAACUCUGUACAAUUGAAAAUUGUUAA